UAUCUAUUGGUUACUUUGAUCAGGAUUCAACAUGUUCUAAUUAACUUCCUGGUCGGCUGAUAUUUUGUGUCAAACAUUUUAACUGCCAUACACACAAUGGGAGCUAUAUUCAAAUAAGAUGAUUUAAUAUAAAGAACAGAUUUGUUUGUAAACAGGGUCAUGGCAUCGAAUAAGCCUAUACCAUGUGGACCUUGUCAAGAAGGAAACGUAAACACUAAAGCUGAUAUCUGGUGUUAUAACUGUGAUGAAGGAUUAUGCUCAACAUGUUCUAGUCAUCAUAAAAAAUCAAAAGGAACACGUGAUCAUAAAACUAUUGAUGUCAAAAGCUAUAAACCCUCCAUUGGAGCCAUCAAAACAGAAUGUGACAAACAUGGUCAACAGCUUAACUUGUACUGUCCUAGUCAUUUAAUGCCUUGCUGUGAUGAAUGUAUUUCCACCAAUCAUUCAAAAUGCACAGGAAUAAAAAGUUUAGCAGGUGUCGUGGAAAAAACAAGGAUUGAAGGAACAAAAGACUCUGUAGAGAAAGACAUCAAGUCCAUCUUACAUCUCUUGGAUAAAAUGGUAAAUAAUAAAUCAACAAACAUUCAAACAGCAGAACAACAAUGUGAAGGCAUUAAGGAAUCAAUUGUGAAAAUAAGGAAUCAAAUGAAUAAACAUUUAGACCACCUAGAAAAGAGGUUAUGCCAAGAAGUAGACAUCAUCUGGAAUCAGGAAAAGUCAAACGCAACAGAUUUAAUAACUGAAAUCAAAGAAAAAAAGAAAACGCUAAAAAAAGUUCAUAAAAAUUUACCAACAGUCACAACACAUAGUUCAAAACUCCAAUCAUUUCUUGGUUUACAUCAGAUGGAACAACAAGUACAUCAAUGUCAACGAUAUGUUGAUAAUCUGGAAGAUGAUGAGAGGGCAAAAGAAUUUAGCAUCAAAAUGAGGCAAAAUGAUGAGAUAGAAAACAUACUAAGCAAGUUAAAAUCACUAAAAUCUCUGGGAGAAGUAAUGGUUGAAAGGACAGAAACAGGCUUUAGCAGAGAAACAAGUGUGAGGAGGAAAGCACAAGUAGAAUCACAAUCCAACAUAAACAACAUGACAAUGAAUAUAGAGACAAAGAUAAAGAUCAACAUGGGGAAGAUGAUUAGUGACAUGAUUUGUCUGAUGGAUGGAAGAGUUUUAGUAGUGAAACAGUGGGGUAAAGUUAACCUAUUUACUUCUGAUGGCAAACUACAGAAACAGUUACCUAUACCUGGUGAACCCUACAGUGUUACACAGAUCAAUCAGAACACUAUAGCCACAACUUAUCCUAGUGAGAGAGCCAUUAAAAUCUUCAAUAUGGAGAAUGAAACAGUGACCAAGGUUAUCACAUUAGACAAAGAAUGCAGAGGUUUAUCAUUCUCCAAUAAUUCUCUGGCUGUAGGUUUGAGUGAUGAUGAAAUCCGUAUUAUAGACUUGGAAGGAAAUGCACUAAAGUCAAUACAAGUAGAGAGUAAAUCAUACUUGAAGAACCUUGUUUACUGUAAUGACAGAGUAAUCUAUAGUGACUGUAAUGGUGGAGCAGUAUACUGUGUAGAUGAAUCAGGUAAACAGAUCUGGCAAUAUACACAGGAUUUAUCAGGACCAGAAGGACUUUGUAUAGAUACUUAUGGUAACAUUAUUGUAACAGACUAUUACUCUAAAAGAAUAAUAGUAAUAUCAAAAGAUGGACAGAAUAGUAAAGUACUGAUUGGUAAAGAGGGUGGACUGGAGGAUCCUCAGUGUAUUUGUUUUAAACAUAAUGAGUCUUCAGGUUUUAUUUGUGAUUACAGUGGCACAUACUUGACAACAUUCAAUUUAUCUUCUGAAUAAGGUUUCCAUUGCAGAAAACUUUACUGUCUUAUUAUUCUAAAUAUUAAUUAAUCAAUGUUAUGUGACCUGCAAUUUUUGGAAAAUUUAUUCUUAUAGUUAAUGCAUAAAAUAGUAAGAAGGGGAUGAAAUAACAUGUUAAACAAAUUUGGGGAAUGAAUUUUUAAGGAAAGUAGUGAUUUGGUCCAGUUUAAAAAAUGUCAAAUAUAAGUACAUGAAGUAUGACUGAAGCUUUCAAAUGAACUACAGACCCCUUGACAUUAAAUUAUCUAUUUUUAGAGUUAGAGCCUAGAUUUUUUUU